AAUAAUAUAAAGUGUAAGAGAAAAGAGGGAGAAGAGGAAGGGGAAGAAAGAAGCUGAAGGAGAAGACGAAGAAGCAAGCGAUCGCAUGUGGCGGCGUUGGAAACUGCAAGACUCCAUCCGAUGAUCCUCCGGUGAUGAUAAUGGUACUGAGGACAGUCUCAUUGUUGUUUUUUUGUUGGAUUUGAUUCGAUCUGUUGAGCGACGGUUCGUUGGUUUCUUCAGUUGUUGAUGCGAUCGAGUGGUUAUUUGGUUGUCGGUUUGGUUUGAUGUUCUCAGGUACUUUGAAAAUCCCUAUUAGUCGUUUUGCGAUAUUUUUUGUUCAUGUGCUUGUUUUUCUUUUUGCUUGGAUUGGGAAAACCCUAGCGAUCGUUUCGGUUCCGGUGGGGGUUGUUGGAGGAGAAAUUUGAAGAGGAGGAUGCUUUGCCUUAGUAGACUUUUUCGUUAGAUCUAUCGUAGCUCUUUUUUUCAAGCAGAGCUUCAGUGUCUAAGGAGUCGCUUGCUUCUUCGUGUCUACUGAUGAUUCUUGUGCUAGGCGGAGGAGGCGUUGGUGCUGCUUGUUACUGGCGCCCUGUUCAUUAAGCGCGGUUCUGUGUAGCCUCGAAAACUAGUUAGUUGGUCAUUUUGAUGUGUUCUUUGCAUCGUCUGGUCGGAUCUGGGAUUUGUUGCUGCGAAUCUGUUUUUGCAGAAAUCUCACUUCUUCAUCCAGCCACCUAUAGAUAAAUUCUUUAGAAGUGAACUCCAGAAGAGCCACAGGUCUUAUAAUGCCUGUUUCCAACGGUUUGCUUGAGUUUUCUUCUCACUGUUAGGUUAAUUGUCCACAAGUUAUGUUGCUCUUUGGAUGUGGACUGAUGAUUGGCCUGGCUUUUGAAGACUUUCUUCUGAGAUGCUUAGAUCAAGAUAUGAAAUGUUUGAUUUCAUCCCCUCAACAUUUGGCACGGUUUGAUGGGCUUGUUUGAACCAAUUAUAGAGAUAAUGUCGAAAGAGGGUACCAUUUUUGACUUGAAUAUUUGGUUGUAACUCUUGGUUACAAAUGACAGGGGAUCAUGGUGGUUGCAUUGUUUGCUUAACCACACACGUCUUCCACCAUUGCUCUUUUGUCUUCAAGGGGCUGCCUAGCCUGCCUUCCCUUCAACUGCAGCAAUAGUGAAACCUAAUGAAUUGGUUCACAUUGAAAGAGAAUUCUUUCUUUCAAGCUAAGUUCCAUACCCAGAUUUUGCUUCCAUCAGUUGAUGAUGUAGACUCAUGAUAUUAGGUCCUUGUUAUGUUGCUUGAAGUUAUCCGGUUUUCCUAUUGGUUUCCUUAUGAAGAAUGCCUUAUUCCGAAUUAUAGGCUUUCACAACGUGACUUGCUUGUGGCCUUUAAGUUUAGUUUUCUUGUUCUGUUUUAAAGGCACUGAUUUCACAGGUGGCAUACUAUGGGAGUGUUAUCAUGAGCUUCUAUGCUUUUUUCUAAUGAUAGUGGUUGGCUGAAUAACUACUGCUUAUAUUCGGUUGUAAAUAUUGUUUUGGUUGCCGGGCUGGUUCUGAUCUAAACAUUGAAUAUUUCACAGGCUGAGUAAUCCAGAUAUCUUGAAUUCUAUGGAGCUCGUGGUCCUUAACUAUUGCUGAUCGGGGCAACAAUGAGGGGUCCCUACUAAUGGUGGGCGUGGAGGGUUGCUUAUUGUCAUCACAUUAUGGUUCUCAAAUAUUUCAUACGGCUAUAUCACAAAUAUGGAUGUGUAUAUAAAUGUUCUAAAGGUCUAAAUGGAGGGUUAUUACAUUGACUUGCAGAUUCACUUGUGUACUUGCAUUGAGGGGUCAGCCUCUAGUCCUGGACUAAGCAGAAAGCGAGCAGCAACAACAUCUUGCAAGACCUGUGGUGGAAAACAAUUAGUUAAUGGGAGAGGGUCUCCACCUGGUAGCAUGCUGAGUACAGUUGGUUUGGAACUUACUAGCCUUAUCAAUUCUGACUUGACUUGGAAGAAGGCUUCAAAAGGUAGGAGCGCAUCCAGACGGGCUAGGAAACCAGUUGCAAGGUGUUCAAAAGCUGGUGGGGAGCUUGUCAAUAAGGAUCCCAAAAGGGUGGCCAUGCCAGUUUCUGAGUCGGAGAAGCUUGGAGUGAGUGUUCUUGGGUGCCGCUUCAGUGAAAAGGCAGAACACAUACCAAUUAAAAAACGGAGAUUUUUGUUCAGGUCUCCUUCACCACCAUCUAAAAACUCUUCUCCACGGUCUGAGGAGACCACUGACGAUGCUGCUGCUGCUUCUGGUACUGACUUGGGUAAAAUUGUUGAUACUGAACUUGAUUGUGAUAGGAAGAACUUGGUCAAGGUAAACGAAUUUCCUGGUGCCAAUGAAGAUUUCUCAGGUAUUUCAAUACUUGCAGCUGCUGCAUGCAGUAGCAGCAUGGGAGGAGAAGAUGGUUUUGAGGAGGGGGUUUCCCGAGAUGGAGAAUCUUCUGCACAUGAGGGUCCUCUUGAUGUUUUGGUGAAUAAUGAAUUAUGCUUGUUGUCAAAGGGAUUUCCCAUGGAAGACCUUGUGAGUUCUGCUAAAGUUUCUACUGAAGAAGCUGGUUCCUGUUCUUCCCCAGUGCCCGAAAAAGAACUUGCUGCCUCAUCAAGAACUGAAAAUUCCUUCCUAAAAUGUCAGGCACAUGGACAAAACAUGGAGGGCACAUCUUUUCCAGAUAGUCAUGUGACUGUGUCACAAGAUCUUUUAAGAAAUAAGGAUGAUGAAACAGCUAGAACACAUGAGUCAUCCUUGCGAGAUGAUCGAUUACAUUGGGAUUUAAAUACUGCAAUGGAUGCAUGGGAACGUCCUUUUGAGUAUCAAUGUUGCGAUCCUCAGUUUAAUGUUGGAGAUAGCAUCUCUGAAGAUGUUGAUGAUGGUAAGACUAGUGAUAAGAUGGAGAAGUCUGAAGGCUGUGAAUUAGAGAGGGAAUCCGGAGGAACCAAUGGAAAGAUACUGCUGCCAAGUGACUCAAGUGGAUUGGCUCAGGCUCAAGAAUUGAAUAUAGAGGAACAUGGAUCUGAUUCAGACUCUGGUAUUAAUGAGUCUAUCUGUUUACAAGAAAAGUUUGUUUCUUCUUCUGAGAUCAUCAAUGCCUCAAAGACUGAUCUACCUCAAGAAAUGGAAUCCUUGCAUAAUCAAGAAAUAAUCAGUCUUGAUGCUGGAUCUGUUGUUUCUGUUCCAGUUGAACAUGAUCAGGGCCUUUCAGUGUGUGCUAAUGUGGAUGAAAAUGCCCCUGUCCAAAGUGUAGCAUAUGGCUCUACUGGGAGUGGUGAGAGUCUAUCUUCACAUCAGCUGGCCAGUUUAGACUCCUGUACUGAUAAUUCGCUCUCCCUGAACUCUAAUAAUCUUACAAGCAUUUGUAUUUCUGAGGGCAACGAUCUUGCAGUAUCCACUGGCAUUGCUAUUGUGAAUGAUAGGAAUGAUUGUGCUGCUAAAACACCAAAAGAUUCAACUAUUCCAUCUAGCUCUCAGGCUGAGAGGCAGGAGGCUGCUCCUCCACAUGUGGCUUUCUCAGAGAAUUCUAUGUAUGAUUCUAUGGAUGUUCAGAAAGAAGAUGCUGAGGAUCCUGGGAGAAAACUCAGUUUAUCUGAGGGUGUGCAUGUCCACAAGGGUAUGAUUAGCUUGGAGACAGGUGGGGUACGAACUGUUGGUGAUAUUUUAGAGAAUGCUGUCUGUAAAUCAGAUGAGGUGAGCUUCUCCCAAUCUUCUCCAACAUGUGCAGAGAUGCCCAGUUCUGAAGCACUUCUUGGAGGUCAACCUGUGGUAGCAGAGGAUACUAAAGAGCAACAUGGAAAAGUUUCUGUGGAUGGUACUGAUGCAAAUGAUACUCAAGUACAUAUUGACACGAGGGAGCUGACCAAAUGUUCAGGAAAAUCUGCUGAACUUUUAGGUGCAUCCUCUGGUCUUAGCAGUCAUAGUGAGUGCAUAAGUGCUUCCAAUGAUCUUAUGGAUCAUCCUGAUAAGAUGGCUGGCAGUGGCUAUGAUUCUGAUGUUUCUCAAGAUGAUCCUGAUCCUGUAGUUAGGAUUGAAAAGGCAAGUGAGCUUCAGAUGGAUUAUGAUUCUCAGUAUGAAGAUGGAGAACUAAGGGAAUCGAUUGAAUACACUUGGGAAGACCUUGGUGGGGAGGAUGGCGAAGGUGAACAUGUGGAUUAUGGGUCAGAUAACAGAGACAUGGCUGGCUUUGGUGCUUCAGAUUACCAUGUCAUGUUGGUUAAAGUUGAGGGAGCAGAAUGCAAGAGACAGAGAGUUUCUAACAAUAAGAAUUUGGGUUCUGAACCUGAACAAUCUUGUCUUGGAAGCUCAUCGAUGACAAAAGUUGUAGAGGCAGCAUCUGGUAAGGAUGAUGGUGCAAAAUGUAGUUCACCAUGCUUGAGCACACGGUUUUCAGGCAAAGAUGAUAUUGAUGAGUUUGAUGCAAGUGCUGAGGUCAACAAAGAAACUAGUGCCAGACCUGAUAAUGUGAGUGGGGACCAUGAGAUUCAUGUCAUGGAAGCUGAUGCAGAGGAAGCGAGCCAAGAUGAUGAUUUGAAAAUGAAAAUUUCUGGAUGGGAUCUGUUGCCAGAGAAUUGCAAAAGUUCUUCAGAUAUAGCAAUGGAGCUUGGAGAUGGCAGUGGUAGGAAGAAUAUUUCUGGUGAUUCUAUAGAUGGAUUGAAUACUGAAGAUACUGAGACAAGGAUGGUUAAGUCAAGAACAUUCAAGAGGGAGUUGUUGUCACGUAUUGAAGGACCGGUGUCUGGUGAUGUGUUCUUAGGAAAGCAUAGACUAUGCACACAGGGAAGCAGAUCCAAUGAUGCUGAUGAUUCAAAUUCCAGAUCUGAAAGAGAGUCUGGCUCUGUGAAAUCCUUUGGAAGGAGUAGUUGCUCUCUGCACAUUCACUCUAGAAGUCGGGGAAGUGACCAUUGGGCUGAUUAUCCAGAUGGCCACAGGGCCCCAAGACGACAUCAUUCAUCUGGUUAUCGCAGCAUUACUGGGUUUAGUUUCCCAGGGCCAGAAAAUGCUGCAGCCGUGUUCACUAGCAGACAAAGCACGAGUGUUUCAUCACAUGGUGUGCGUCGAGGUCUUAGAAGAAGUGGAUCGCCAGCUGAAGGGGAUGAGGCUUUUGGUAUGCGUCUGGGUCUUAGACCAGCAGGAGAGAUUAGCCCUGAUAGGCGUAUGGGUAUUGGCAGGGAAAGGUCUUUAAGAUAUGGUCCACGGCUUGAUGAUAGAGGCCCUAGGGGAAGGUAUGAUGGGCAUGUGCUUGAUGGCUGCAUUGAAUCUUCCUUGAAUUAUUCACAUCCUUUAGCUAAGAGAGAAAGAAGUUUUUCUCCCAUUGAAAGAAGAGGGGAUCCUUCUGCACGUCAGUCCCACACAAAAUCUCCAUCUAGAUCCAGAAGUCGCUCCCCCAAUACUUGGCAAUCUCCAAGGGGAAGAAAUGGGGCUGGUGUUGCAGGAAAUCCCUGUCUUAGACACCGAAGCAGGUCUCCCAGUUUCCGGUCUGGAGCCCGAGUGCAAAGAAUAAGAUCACCUCAUCAACGGUCUGGUUUUGCAUCAGAUCAUAUGGUAGGAUUCAUGUCAAUGCCACGAAAUCAUGGUUCCCCACCACAUAAUUCUAGAUGGAUUGGUGAUAGGAAGGAUGGGAUGGUUCACUUUAGGGAGCAUGGUUACAAGCAACGUUCUUCAGUUUUAGAUAGGAGAUCACCUGGGAGAAUUUGUCCUCGGGGCGAGAGGUUUGAUUUGGUUGAUUCCCGAAAACUGAAGCCGAAUGAAUACUAUAGAUCCAUGCAUUCUGGGAGAUUUUCUGAGAUGGAUGGAGUUGCUAGAGGGCCUAGGUACGAGGGGAGUGAUGAUGAUAGAAAGAAACAUGGCUGUAGAUAUGGGUUGGUGCAACCUGGAAGACGAUAUGAUAUGGAUGGAGCAGUGAAGCGAUUUCGUUGUGACAUUGAAGAUGGUUUUGUAGCUGCACAUAACUUUCGUAAAAAGGAUGGAUCAGAUUUCCAUGCAAGGAGUCCUAAAGACUACACUAGGGGCAAUGACAGCCGAAUUGGAGAUAUACCAAGGAGAUCUAGGGAAGAGAGAGGUCCAUUUCUAUGUCGACGAGAUGGGAAAUAUAAUGCUGACUCAAAGGCGUUUGGACUGCAUGAAGGUGAUGAGGAUUUAGCUCCUAGAAGGAGAAGACCUUUGUGACCUUCAUACCCAUUGCCCCCUUUUUUGCAUUGGGUGCAUCUGCAGGCAGUCUGAGAAAUGUUGAACCUCAUGAAAUUUUUUCAUUUAUAGCAGGAAACAUUUAAAUCCUGCAGAUCUCCAUAUCAGCAAUCCUUGUUGAAUUUGCAAUUCACUUUUAUCACUAUGAUCUCCUUUUUGGAAUUUUGUUGAGGUCUAGUGUUUGCUUCUCAUAUAAAUAUUACUUUUCUUUCAUUUUAAAUAUUUUUGUAUCCUGGCCUUUUCUGGGUCAUGUAACCCUGGUGGAGGCCAUUGAUGAAACUUUGUCAAGUCAAUGAAAAAGUCAAUUUAUUUUUAUAA